UUCGCAACGAGUCGUGCGUGCGUGUGGUGGUGGUGUCCGAAUACGUGUUUGUACAGUGUCCAAAUGAUCAUUCAUUAUUUAUGGCGCUACGACUGCUACAGUUCGGCAUUGUGUUCGUCAUAGGGUAUCGCUUCGGACACGCUCAACCCCCGAGAAGACUCGAGAGCCGGGACGCCGGACUGGCGUUGGAGCUGGGCGUGCAGGAUGUGACCAGACCGGAACCGCAGAACCCGGCCAGGCUCGAGGUGCCCAACAUCGUGCUCUCGAUCCGGCUGAGGGACCCGGACGACGUGACCGUGCCCAAGGGCCAGCCGGCCACCCUAAAAUGCGCCGCCGAGUCGGCCCACAAGCCGGUGCGGUACGCGUGGCUGAGGAACGGCGUGCCGCUGCCGGCGAACGACACCAGGACGGCGGUGCGGGCCGAUGGGUCGCUGCACGUGCCCAAGGUGGUCGGCGGCAAGAAGGCCAACGUCACCGGCGACUACCAGUGCUUGGUGUCCAAUCCGGCCGGCGCGGUGCUUUCCAACGUGGCGAAGCUGAGGGUGGCCUCGUUCGGCAAGGAAUUCACGCUGGAGCCAAAUAGUCUGAAUGUAACUGAACAGGAAACCGUAGUCCUCCACUGCAAAAUACACUCCGUUCCCGCUGCUGAAAUUCACUGGGAAGUCGAUGAUUCAUCUCUACCUCACAACACAAGAUAUGUUCCUCUCUCCUCAGGAGCUCUAUUAAUAAAAAAUAUCCAAGUAUCUGAUUCAGGGUCCUAUAGAUGUAGAGCCUCAAAUGUAAUACUUAAAGAGGUUAAAUACAGCAACAUCGCCAAUUUGACAGUUACAGUACCAGAAAGGCGGCAGCCUAAAACUCCAACAAUUUUGCCCCUGGACAUGAGCCCGAAUGUAACUGUCACGUUGGGUGAACCUGUACAACUACACUGUGCCAUUUCCGGUUGGCCUAUUCCUACUUUUCAAUGGCGACAUGAUGAUAAAGUCGUCGGAAACUCGAGCGUGUUGCAGCUGGCGGAGGCGGAAGCGAAGGACGCCGGCAACUACACGUGCACCGGCACCAACGCCGAAGGCCAAGCCACAAGAAGGUACUCGCUGUUGGUGCACCAGAAGCCCUACUUCAAGAGCACACCCAUGUCAAAGUCCUACCCCUCUGCCAUAGUGAUGCGAUUGAAUUGCACGGCCGACGGUGUGCCGAAGCCGCACAUCCACUGGCUCAAGAACGGCAAGCCGCUGGUGAUGGAGUCGAGAAUGUCGAACGCCUCCGACCAGCUGAUAUUCAGCCAGACCUUCAAGUACGACUCCGGCAUUUAUCAGUGUGUGGCGUCCAACGAGGCGGGCCGCUCGUGGAAGGCGGCCGAAAUUUUGAUCAACGUGCCGGAACUGAGUCCGCCCGAGAACGUGCAAUGUCGUCCCUACAACGAAAGCAGCGUCUGCAUCACCUGGCAACUGCCCAGCAACGUCAGCGCGAAGGCCUACACGAUCGACUCGAUCAAUCCGGGCCUUAAUCACCCCGGUGAACUGACCAACAACACGUUUUUGUUGUGGCAGGGCUUGAAUACCAGCACCACGUACAAAUUUUAUGUGCGGUUGUAUUCGAAUGUGGCCAGCGAUAAGUCUGACAUCGUCUCUUGUCAAACAGCAAAAGUACCGAGCCGUCAAGUGCAAAUCCAGAUGCACAACACCAACAACUCCGUGGUCGUGCUCUGGGAGCCACUCAUCACGGACACCCCGUGCGGCGGCCAACGAGGCCUCUACAAGGUCCAGUGGCGGCGGGUGGGAUCGCCCACCACCAACACCAACAAGACGGAAAAGACCAAGCACAUCGUCAAGAACCUGAUACCUGGCGCCUCGUACGAGUUCAAAGUCACGUCGUUGCAGUACCCCAACGACAAAGGCCACUGGACGCCGUUCACCUUACCCAACCCAGACGGCGUGCCGGUACCGAUGCCGGACGUGUCGGAGAACGCGACGCACGUGACCCAAACGCCUAAGGACUUCGACGCCACUCCCCUGAGUGCCACCUCCCUUAAGCUGACCUGGUCGCUCGACAAGGAGUACUUCAAGUACUACAUGGUGUGUUACGUGCCUGUUAACGAGCAGAAGGACUGCAAGGACGGCAAGCUUGUUAAAACUUCGUCUAACACUUUGAUGGUGAACAAGUUGAAGCCCAACACCCGAUACGAAUUCAAAAUAAGGCCGCACAACUUGGAGGGCGAGCCAGGCCCCUUUUCUCAAGCUUUGGAGGUUCUCAUGCCGGAUGUGCCAUCGCCAGUCGUCAACCUAAAGUACAAAAUAAUAAACGAAACGACUGCCUGCGUGUAUUGGCAAGCCCCCGUCAACAAGAACGGCCUGCUCCAGAACUACGUGAUCUCCUACACCCCAGACCGCAACUGGCGUCUGGAGGAGUGGAUCAACGUGACGGUGCCGUCGAGGCAAAGGAAAUCGGCCGCCUGUUGGACCGGAUCGGAGGACACGGCCUCCCUGUACCUGCGCAACCUCGAUCCGGACAAACACUACACGGUUCUGGUGCGGGCCGAGUCGAACGUGGGCAUCGGCAAGCCCACCGUGCCCAUCGUGGUCUCCACCAAGUUCGUGCAGCCCGACAAGCAGAACGAGAGCAAAGGCAACGGCACCAUAGGUGUUUUAGUGGGGAUCGUGGUGAGUCUGUUCUGCGUGAUAUGCUGCGUCUCGAUGGUGCUGGUCAGGAGGGGUUGCGUGAAGAGACGGGCCGCGAACAGGGCGCGGCACGCCGCCUCCGGCAACUACUACCCCGCUGCCCGUUACGCCUCACAGAGCAGUUCGGUGCAGGUGCGGUGGGAGGAUCCCUGCGUGGCGGAGGCGGACGCCCACGAGGUCGUGCACCUCGUGCGCGAGGAGCACCCGUCCAAUAUUCCACCCAUGAUGCCUUCACACCUCGACACGAAGGGUCCUGAUGAGUUCCCCAAUGGGCAAGCCAAUGGAUGUGUCAAACCGCACAUGAACGGUCACCUGUCUGACAACUACAUGUGUCACAUUACUGAAAAUCCUCAGUACUACGCAUACGAAUGCAACCUGCAUAACAAACCCGACUCCCGGGACAUGGAGGGCGACAGGAACUCGAACGUGCCCACCUCAAAGUUCUACGACCUGUACGCCCUGUUCGAGAACGCCAAAAGGUCAAAAGUGACGUCGACGAAGGAGUGCAGCCCGCACUUCGAGUACAACGUAAGCCGUAACAAGGAGGAGUCGAGCAGCGACCUGAACUCCACAAUCGACAACGACGACGCAUCGUUGAAUGCGACCCAGCUCACCUGUUUAGACUACCCCAUCGCGAACAACCACAGGAGAGUGUCCCCGAUAUUGGGGCCGAACGGUUGACAAAGUAUGUCCUUAGUCUAAAAUUUAAUUAAGCUAAUUGUAUAAAUGUUUCAUGACCAAAACGUAGAUGCAAACUAACUACAUACGUGUAACCAAUUUGAGCUGUGUUUUGAUGCUGAAUGACACCUAAGGAGCGAGUACUUAAAACAAUUAUUACACGCAGCCGUUCAGUUUCAAAACUGUCCCAGUCCAUUUACUGCCCUCGUUCCAAAAUUUACAACAAGAGCUUUACAAUAACACACAUAGAGAACUGAUUUUAUUUUUAUGUAAAAAGGCAAUAUUAUUUUCUACAAAUAUACAACUAAAUAAACCAUUAUCUUACCCCCCCCUUUAUCAGUUAGCUCUCUUACGUACGUACGUGACAACUACAUUAAUUGAUUGAUUGAUUAAUUAGUGAAGUGCAAUUCACCAACAAAACCUAUUUAUUAUUAGUGGUUUAUCUGUUGUAACUGAUUUUAGGCAUCUAAAACUGCGUUUAUGUAUAUAUCACAAUUGCUCAACAAGAAACAAUGUUGUUUUGUGUUAAAAAGUCCGACGUUAAAAUCAAAACUAUUUGAGAUUAAAUUGGAUUUGAAGCAACAGCAGGAUUAUUUGCAGGAAAGACUUCAGCUACUGCCCCAGUUACAGUUCAUCAAAUCCAGCUAGUCAAGAGUUGAUACUUUAGCUUUAACUGAUUUUAUUUUAAAAACCUGUUUUUUUUCCUUGGGGGUAAAGGGGUUGUAACUGGGGGGCGUUUUCUGAAAAUAACAACAUACUAAUUAUAAUAAUACUUUUAAUUUAUUACUGUAGUAUAAAUGGUACCUGAUUCGAUUACAUAUAGUUAAAUAUAAAUAACAAACUAAUGUACAGUAUAUUAUUGUGUGUGAAUGUGGAUGUGUAUUAUAUAUGUAUAGUUGUUAUGAUGUUUAUAUGUUAUUAAUGGCUACAAUGUUAAUUGUUCUAUAUUAACGUUACCUCAGAAUAUAUUUAUUAUUUUAUAAUACCCAAAGAAUUAUUCUGUUGUUUGAAUAACGUACAAAAUUUAUUAUGAAAUGUUACUCUCUUCAGUCACAGCUACAUGUUGUGUGUGUGUGCCUUUAUAUUGUACAAAAGUAACAACGAUUUUUGCCCUUUUUUCAAAUACAAUUGAUUGGAUUAUCCUGCUUUCCACAAGCAGACUCCUUUUCCGUUAUUAUUGGUAACUCGUGGACUAAAUUACGAGAUUGUAACGUUUACUUUCGCCUAGAUAUUUAUUAUUGUAACCUUUUAGCAUACUAGUUAGUAUUUACCUCAACUUGAAUAUGGUGUCUUUAAUGAAAAUUAACUGUUAUUACUGUUGAAAUAUGUAUGUGAAUUACCUCAGUGAAUCUGGAUAUUUUUAGUAUGCUUUUCGUUCAAUUUGGGCACGGUUCAGGGUGUCUUAAGCGUAUACCUCAUUCGUUACAUUCCUCAGCAUUUCGAGUAUUAAGGCUCCUGCCAGUUACCUAUUCUUUGUUAACCACUUUUUAUUAUUCUUACAACAUUCCAAUAGAACUUUAAAUGUACAAAUAUUUUUAAAGCAAUAUAUUAUUAUAUAUAUUAUAUAUCGACCACACGACCUUUCCAUUAUUACUUUCCUAACUUAUUUCUCUCACCAAUUGCAAUAGUAGUAGUAUUAUUAUUAUUAUUAAAUAAUGUGACAGCUGUUAAUAAGUAAUUAGUUCGUUGCGUUGAUGCAAUUAAUUAAUUAGUAUUACUCGCAACAGUUAACUAAAAAAGUCCGUCAGUGCAAUUUAUUAGCCCCCAGCCCCCCCUAGUUAAUGUACAAUUCGACACACUUAAAUUAUUUGCGAGUAAUGGUGGCUUUAUUUAAAUAAUUUAUUAAUAUAGUUACCUAAAGUUACAAGUGAAGCAUUGUAGUAAUAAUUUAAUAAACCAUUUUGGCACUCAGACGUUGAGUUGGUGCACAAUUCUCCCUAUGCAAGUGAGUGGUUGUGCCCCAUCCACAACGUGGGUGCACCUGUUCAAAUACUUAGCUGUUGAUACAGUAUAAAUCUACCUCAUUAAUGUUGUAUUGUUCUAAUGUUUUGUAAUUAUUUUUAUUUGUGUCUCAGGGCAUCGUUUAGGUUUUAGUUAAUUAAUUAAUCGCUUUAUUACUCGACGAUUGGUGUAUCGCACCCCAAUUUCCUUCCAUCAAGAAUACUAAUUUAAUUUUAUUUUACCUAAAAGUCUGAUUUGAGAGGCUGCUAGUUGUAUGUUGUAGCCAGCAGACUGGUUUAUUUGUUAUCACAUUAUAAUCUUAAAUUUAUGAACUCAGAAUCUCAUCAUCUAGGUACUCCUUUUUGGUUUUAAUUAAUUAAUUUUUCGUGCAACGUAGGGCUACUAAUUAAUUAAGAUAAUGAAUGCACCGGUUAUAAAUUUAAUGUUAUAUUGUGUUUGUAUUAUAUGAAUGAGUUGUUUUACUAUUAUAAAGUGCGUGAAGAAAAUUAUUUAUGGGAUUAACUAGUUUUCUAUAAACGUUAGAAAUUGUCGGGCUAUCAAAUGCCAUAUGUUGCAAAUAAAGACUACUUUUUUCAAAUAAUAAUUAGCUGACGAAAUAGACUGAAGUAAUAAUUUAUAGACUUACAAGUUUGACAAUUUCUAAGUUCCUAGACAAAAAAUACAGUGAAUAUUUUCAUAGCUCCUCUUUGUGAUGCUCUUACUUAAGUGUGUCAUGUUUUAAUGUUCCACAGUAUACAACACAACAUCAAAAAUUAAAUAUAUAUUUCAGUGUGAAGAAUUAUAUAUUUAAUCUUUGAUGGUACAAUAGAUCCAGGUUCCAUAAAUAAAUUCUUUAAACUGUUUUUUGCAGUUGAAAAUUUGUAAGGUAUAAUAUGUAUAUUUAAUGAGAAGGUGAACACAUGUUAAUAUAUUUUUGUACGCUUGAAUGAAUGAGAUAUUAAACUGUAUUUUAAAAAAUAAAUAAAUUUCCAAUGUCAACAA